AGGCCGGCCCGCGCGCGCCCAGUGCCAGGGCAGGGGCGGUGCGGCGAGCGGCUGCAUGGCGCGGGGCGGAGCCCGGCGGACAGCGGCCCUGGGCCUGGUGCUGCGGCUGCUGCUCGGCUUCGGACUCGGCCUGGAGGCCGCGCCGACCCCAGUCCCGAUCCCGUUCUUGGCCCACAGCCCAGGCUCGUGCCCGCCCACCAAUUUCCAGUGCCGCACCAGUGGCUUCUGCGUGCCCCUCCCUCUGCGUUGCGACGGCGACAAGGACUGUCCGGAUGGCAGCGAUGAGGAGGAGUGUGGCAUCAAGCCUUGCGCCCGGGACGGACAGUGCCUGCCGCCCACUGGCAGCCCCUGCCCCUGUGACAGCAUCGAUGACUGCCCAGAUGGCCUCGACCACACCGUUCACAACUGCAGUCGCCAGCCCUGCCCGGCCGGGGAGCUUCGCUGCGUGUGGGGCGGUGCCUGCAUCCCCCGCACCUGGCUCUGCGACGGCCAUCCCGACUGCCCUGCCUCCAGCGACGAGCUUGGCUGUGGAACCGAGACGCCCCAGGAAGGGAAUGCCACAGCCAUGGGGACCCCUGUGGCCCCGGGCACUGUCACCGAUCUUGGGAAUGCCACCGCCACCUCGUUUGGGGACCAGGACUCAGUCCAGUCUGGAAACCGAAGUGCUUGUGGGGUUAUCGCUGCAGCCGUGGUGCUGAGCGCAGGUCUGGCUGCCAUCUCCCUGUUCGUGUUGUCCCGGCUCUGGGCCCGGGGGCGCCUGAACCAGCUAGGGCUGCUGAUGGUCGUGAAGGAGUCCCUGCUGCUGUCGGAGAGGAAGAGCUCGCUGCUCUGAGGACGAGCUGCCGCCACCGUGUCUCCCGGGCCCUGGGCACGGCCACUGCGGCCACAUCAGCCCUCGGACGUGGCUUCUUCUGGCCAUGCAGCACUGUGGACCUGAGCUCCUGCAGAUGUGGCCCUGGAGGUCACGGGCACCUACACCCUCGCACAGAUGCAGGAAGCCUGGCCCGGGAGCACAUCGCAGCCGGAACCUAGGGGCUGGCCCCAAGCUGCUCCGGGGGAUGGCCCCAACUAGACACUCCUGCUGCCUCUGUCUGAGGGUGGCGAUUAAAGUUACUUCACAUCCUC